AUGGGUCCAAACUGGCUUGAUCUUCCGAUAGACGUGACUGCAUUUAUACUUCAAAAGCUCAGUGUUGCAGAUAUUUUGACAAGUGCACGUCAAGUUUGCUCUUUGUGGUGGAAUAUCUGUAAGGACCCUCUCAUGAUGCGCUCCAUUGACCUGACCUUAUGCCGGAACUAUCCAGCCUAUAUGUUAAGGGCCUUUUGUCGCUACGCUGUUGAUCAAAGUUGCGGUCAUUUGGAAGACAUUACUAUUGAGUAUUUUGCAACUGAUGAUUUUCUCAAAUACAUAGCCAGCAGCAGCAGCCAUCUGCGUCGCUUGCGGCUUCCAUAUUGCAGUGAAAUUUCUGAGAAAGGAUUGAUUGAGGUUGCUAAGAAACUUCCACAUUUAGAGGAACUUGUUGACAUUUCAUAUAGCCCUCUAACUAAGGAUUCACUUCAAGCUAUUGGUCGAUGUUGCCCACAUUUGAAAGUAUUAAAAUUUUACAAUGGUCCAUUAUAUCCAAGUUUCAAAGAUGAGGAGGCGUUUGCUAUUGCACAAACCAUGCCUGAACUACGCCAUCUACACAUUGUGGGAUUUAACUUUCUCAGUAAAGAUGGCUUGCAUGCUAUUCUUGAUGGUUGUCCUCUUCUUGAAUCUCUUCACAUACUACAUAGUUACAAUAUUGAUUGGAGGACGAAUGAAACUUUGAGGAAACGGUGUCUUGAGCAUAUCAAAGAGGUGCAGCUGCCACGCAAGGCAUAUGAGAUAAAGUAUUAAGAUAAAAACUUCACUGGAUACUACUGUUUUGAACGGCAAGGUUUUGUUCAAGAGACUCAAAUGUUUGCUGUUUUAAGGGAUUGGAAAUGUAAGCUUAAUUACACUUUUGAUUCCCUACUUAUAUAUCUUUUAUGCGAAAAUGGUCUCUAAAUUUUAAAAAAACCAAUUUUGGUCCACAUGUUUCCAUUGGACGGAAAUGGGAUGGAAAAUCAAAAGUGCAAGGUAAAUGUGUGAGAUCAAAUUAGAAUUUUUGAAGUUUAGGAAUCACUUUCAUACAAAGUGUAUAAAUGGGGAUAAAAAAUGUAAUUAAGUCUUUAAUAUAUUUGUUUUUGCUAUUUUUUCAAAGUGUAAAUCAGCUUCGA